AUGAAUCCAAGUUCUCCUCAUUGGAGAAGUUAAAAUAUCGACAACUCUGAUCUUGUAGAUGAAAGAAUAUAUAGCAUUCGAACGGACAACAAUAAACAAUCACUCCUAAAGAAAAAAUAUUAGAGUGUAGUUUAAUAAUUAGAUAAUGAUGAUCAAAUUGAAGACAUCAAUUUACUCUUUGAUGAUAGAUAGUUAAAAAUAAUAAACGAUUUAUCAUUUGUGCAGACAGCAAAAAUUAAAGAAAAGCCAGGCAGGGCAUCAAUUUCUAGGAAAAUGAGUGUUAUGAUUCAAAAUAAAGAAUAAGAAGAAAAAUAACCAAGUUGUUCUUACAUUUAAGUUUUUACUUAAGAAGAUAAAAUACGAAUAGUUUGGGAUGUUUUUACAAUGUUAGUAAUCUUUUUAGCAAUAUUAAUACUACCAGUUGAAAUUUCUUUUAAUGUAGAAUCCUCUUUCUUAGAUGAUUUUAAUAUUUUUAGUUUAUCAGUUUUUACACUCGAUAUUUUCAUAAACUUCAAUACAGCCUUUUAACAUAAAGGUUAAUACGUAUUUGAUAGGAAAUUGAUCUUUUAAAAUUAUUUAAAAUGGUGGUUCUGGAUAGAUGUAGUUUCUACAUUCCCUUUCGAUUUAAUUGUCGAAGCUGCAACAUCAAGUGUAGUGAAAGUAGACGAAGAUGAAUUAAACUAACAAUAAAAUAAGUCCCAAAAGGAUUCACUAGUAUAAACAAUGAAAUUGCUUAGGAUUCUAAAAUUUUUUCGAUUAAUAAAAAUUAUAAGGUUGUUACGUCUAUUAAAACUGAAGCAGCUUUUUGCUAAAUUAGAAGAUUAUAUAGAUAUCAGCGGGUCUGUUAUCACAAUAUACUAAUUGCUUAAAUUAACUUUUAUAAUGCUUUUUGUUGCCCAUUGGUUAGCUUGCAUUUGGCAUUUCAUAGCUGAAUAAGAAAAUAGUUCUAAUGGCUAUAGUUGGUUAUAGGCUACAGAACUUGCAGAACAAUAUUGGUACAUAAAAUAUGUGGCAUCGGUUUAUUGGGCUACUGCAACAAUGACUACGGUUGGCUAUGGUGAUAUCGUCCCAGUUACAUCUGUUGAGAAAUUAUUUGGUAUCAUUGUCAUGUUAUUGGCUUGUUGUGUUUUUGCUUACAUAAUGAAUAGCAUUGGAGGCAUCUUUGUCAAAUUAGAUACAAAUGAAAAAACUAUAAGAUUGAAACUUGGAUAAGCAAACUAAUUUUUGAAAUCUAAUGAGAUACCCAAAGAUUUACAGGCAAGAGUGAGGAAAUAUUUGGAAUAUAAAUAUGAGACAGAAUCAUCAUAGGUAAAUGAAAAGGAUGCAUUAUCAGUUCUAUCAUCCACUUUGAAGGACGAAGUGUUAUAGAAUGUGAAUACUUCAUUAAUUAAAUAGUCAGCUUUUUUUAAUUCAGGUAAAUUUGAGAAAGAAAUAUUAUCUUAAUUACCCUACCUUUUGGAAGAACAAAUCUAUGGUCCAGAAGAAUGCAUAUUUUUGGAAGGAAUUGACCCAAUUGAGAAAGAGAAUGGCAACAAUAUUCAGGACAGAAAUUUGUAUUUCCUAAAUUAAGGACAGGUUCUUAUUUGUAUUUAGAAGACAAUUACCUGUUUAAAAAUAAUUGAGGGAGGAGCUACUUUUGGAGAAUUGGCAUUUUUUACAGAUAAACCGAGAAGUGCCUCUGCUUAUACACUAAAUUUCGUCUAUGUAUAGGUUCUAAACAAAAAAAAGUUUUUUGAAAAACUCAAACUCAAUAGUAGCUAAAACUAAAUAUACCUAAUGAAUAAACAUAUUGUAGAAAUUAAUAAUGAUUACACUCCCUUAGGGUAAUGUUGCUUUGCUUGUAUGAGUAGCUCUCACUUUGCUUAUGAAUGCCCCAAACUUCAUUACGUUGUAAAUGAAGAAAAAAGACUUGAAAUAAUUAAAGAAGAACAGUUCAAUCAAGAAAAUAGCUUAAAAAUAUUUAAUAGAUAAUAUAUAAGGCAAAACAAAAGAGUUAAGUACAAUUCAAGAGCGAAUUCUUAACUAACCAAUGUUGUAGCCGAUGAAAUCAAAUUUGUAUACAAUCAUAACCGCGAAGGCGAAGAUGACCUUUUAAUUUAAUCUAAUCAAUCAAAUGGCACAGAGGAAGAGGAUGAAAAUCCUUUCAAAAUGAGUGUCAAAGGGCAGCUCGUUUAAUUUUCCGAAGAAACUGAUAUUGAUAGGAUGUGUAAGUUUCCUCUUUUCUUUCCCAAUUAUAACUAUGAUAAAAUUAUUUAGACUUAUAACUAAUUCACUCCAGAGAUUAGAAAAGAGAUCAUAAAGAAUAACAACUAAGUGAAUUAAAAAAAUAGAGGCCAGAGAUCCCAUUCUGCAGAAAGAGCUUAAUACUUUUAAAGAUUAGAAGAAAAGUGCUUUGCCGAGUAAUGA